AUGCUCGUCAUCCUUCUAGUGAGCUGUAUGUCAGUGUAUUCACACAAGCUAUACAAAUUUAGUCGAGCCUCGUCGGUAGCCGUGGGCGUGUGGACUCUGGUGGCAAUAUCCGUCGAGCGCUACUACGCUAUCUGCCAUCCCUUGAGAUCCCUGCAAUGGCAAACCCUCAGCCAUGCCUACAGGCUCAUCAUAGCUAUAUGGAUCGGAAGUCUAAUAUGCAUGACACCAAUUGCUGUUUUAAGUCAACUUCAACCGACUAAACAAGGUAAUCAUAAAUGCAGGGAAAACUGGACGUCUCUGGACUACGAGAAAGCAUACAAUAUAUUUUUGGAUGUUAUAUUACUUGUCAUACCACUUCUGGUGCUGGCGGUGACUUAUUCUUUGAUCACAAGGACUCUCUGCAAGGGAAUGAAGACAGAGAAGCAUCUGAGAGACAAUAGUGUUCACAACGCGGUCAGCGUCUACAUAAACCUCCAAGGCAGGAGCUCCACGCGCCUAAGCUACAAAAACUCCUCGCGCCAAUUCUCGAGCAGGCACCAGUUGCAGCAGAACUUAUCGGAAGACUCCAACAGCCCCGUUAACGGCUCCAGAAGGCAGACCCCAGGCCUGCGCAGAACGAACGCAGAACGGAGCCUGCUGAACAAAAAGCGAGUCAUCAAGAUGCUCUUCGCCGUGGUACUAGAGUUCUUCAUUUGCUGGACUCCUUUGUACGUCGUCAACACCAUAGCUCUGUUCGACGCCUCCAUCAUCUACAACAACAUCGGCUACACGGGAAUAAGUUUUUUCCAACUUUUGGCUUUCACCUCCAGUUGUUGCAACCCCAUCACUUACUGUUUUAUGAAUUGCGGCUUCAGGAAGUCGUUUCUAAACCUGUUUGAGUGCUUCAAGGACCUUAGAGAGUCGAGAAAAUUCGGCUUGACCGGCAGUGAGAUGAAUAUGGAGACGAAAUGGACAAAUAGAUUGUCUGAACAAGCGUAAUUGUUGUUGUAGUGCUUACUAACUGUUCAA